GCCGCUUCCGGCGCGGCCGGGCUCCGGGGCCGCGGGGUCGCGGGCGUGGGACCGGGAUGUGGAUGGAGUGGGCUCCGGACUUGCGGCUCAGGCGCAGCCCUUUCCCCUUCCGGGCCUCUCCUGCAAAACGACCCGGAUUCGGUGGUCGCCGGCCCUCUCGUCCCGCCGGCCUGGCUCAUCCAUUCAGCCCCGAGCUGGCCGCCCUCGGAGGAGUGGGCGGGGACCCGACUGGCGGGCGGAACCGGUGUGCAGCUGGGCGCCGUGGUGCCGAGGCGGCGGGAGUCGGGAGGAAGGCCGCGCGAAAGAGCUCUGUACUCAUAGGCCCUCUAAGGGGAUACAGCGAGGUAGAAGCCUCAGCCCCUACCUUCUAGGUUGUGUACACCUGAUCCAGUCGACUGAAAAUACAAAGCAAAGCGCUCCAGUGAGUGGUGUGGGCUGUUCAGAGGAGGGAGAGAUGGCAAUCAGCUAGAGUUGCUGAAUGCACAGGAAGGAUGCUGUUUUGAGCUGGGUGUGAUUUGCAAGAUCCUUGAAGGACAUUCCAAGUCAAGGACAGCCAAAGCAAAGACCGACAGGUGGGAUUCCACCUUCCCCUCAGCUCUUCGUCUGAUGGCUGGCAUCUCGGGGAUCUUAUUUUCCUAAAAUUGUUGGAAUUCCUGUGAUCGUCAUGAGAACUCUUCCCCUGGCCCCGUCACCAUCCUGUUUCCUGGACUUGUUCUAACUAAGGAACCUCGGUUUAGACACCUGAGUAUCAAGUUCUCUUCCUAAGGAAUUCUCCAAUUGGUAGAAUGUAGACUCCAUUUGGGGUAUCUCUUUUUGGCAUGAUGAUCUCCUGACACAUCUCUGUGUCCGUAGGUGUAAUUUUUCCAUUUCUGGAAACAGACACUGCUGCCUCUAUUCAGAACUAUCAAGCCUGUACCUGAAAGUGUCUCCUAGCCUUGGAGUGCUGAAGUUCAGUUGGACUCUCUGCUUUGUUCUGGAAAUUUGUGGGCUCCAACUCAGGCCAUGUCACAACAGACCAGACCUGCAGACCUCCCAGGAGGACAAAACCCCUCUUUCUCACCCACAAAGCUGGACUCCUCUUGUUGGAUAAGAGACCUUUCUUUUACCUCUUUUCUCAUUUCUUCUGUGUAGUAUUCACAUGACUCCCAUUCAGUCAUGUAUGUGGACACACCUUUGUUCCCGGUACCUCCACUGCCUCUUCCCCAGUUCUGCUGCAGCCGCUCCUGAGCCCAGGUCCCAAGACAGAACAGGCCUUUGACAGCAGCUGGUGUUGUUUCAGGAGGCAGCAACACUUGAGGAUGUGAUCAAAGACUGGAACUGUUAGGAAGCCUCUCAGAAGGACUGCAGCAGGGGCGCAAUGCUGGACAGUUACAAGAACGUGGUGCCUCAGGCAUCCUUCUUACAGUUCUCCAUGGUGCCACAGAGAGCUGGAAACGAUCCCCCUGGUGUUUCAAAUACAAGUGAAAUGGAACUGGAGAUAAGUAGCAUGAGAGAAAAAUUUCUCACCAGUGUAACUAAGUUAGUAGAAAGCAAAAGUUACAAUAGCAAGGUAUUUUCCAAAGAAAAGUACUUUCAAACAAUAAAGGAAGUCAAAGAAGCUAAGGAGAAGGGGAAGAAGUCAUCACGUGAUUAUCGUCGAGCAGCAAAAUACGACGUGAUCUCUGUACAAGGCACAGAGAAACUAAUAGAGGCAACUCAUGGAGAACGAGAUCGAGUACGGUAUUAUGUACAUAAGGAGGAGCUGUUUGACAUUCUUCAUGAUACACAUCUCAAUAUCGGACAUGGCGGGCGGACGCGCAUGCUCAAGGAACUGCAGGGGAAAUACGGGAAUGUCACCAAAGAGGUCAUCGUCUUGUAUCUGACUCUGUGUAAACAGUGCCACCAGAAGAACCCAGUACCCAAGAGAGGCCCUCCACCUAAGCCCAUGCCAUUGAAGGACACUGACUCCAGAUGCAAAGUGGAAAUACUUGACAUGCAGUCAAAUGCUGAUGGCGAGUUCAGGUUUAUUUUAUAUUAUCAGGACCACUUGACCAAGUUUAUUAUUUUACGGCCAUUAAAAGCCAAACAGGCCCACGAGGUGGUGAGUGUCCUAUUGGAUAUUUUCACAAUUCUUGGUACACCCAGUGUGUUAGAAUCUGACAGUGGCGUGGAGCUGACAAACCAGGUUGUUAAUGAGCUCAAUGAGGUAUGGCCAGACCUAAAGAUCGUCUCUGGUAAGUACCACCCUAGCCAAGGCCAGGGCUCCCUGGAGCGAGCAAGCCAUGAUGUCAAGAGCAUGCUAAGUGCCUGGAUGCAGAGUCACCACUCAUGUCACUGGGCUGAAGGCCUGCGAUUCAUGCAGAUGGAGAGGAAUCAGGCCUUUGAUGUUUCUCUGCAGCAGAGUCCAUAUGAAGCAAUGUUUGGUUGCAAAGCCAAAUUUGGACUCUAUUCCUCUCACCUACCCCGGGAAACUGUGGCUAUUUUACAAACAGAAGAAGAACUAGAAGUUGCUGAAGAACAGCUAGAAAGCAGCCUUUGGAUCAGGCAGGAAGAAAGGGCUGAGGUUGGAGCAGACAGAUCUGAUAUGGAUGAGGACGUCAACCCCACUCCUCCUGAAGUUGCAGAGCCCAGCACCUCACAGGGGGCCCCAGGUCUGUUCUGCUGGUGAACAGACACCUGCUGGCUGGACACUCACAGUGCCUCAGGGUACCACUAGCCAUCUGAGAACUGUUGCCAAGGUCCCCGGGGAAGGAACGAAGGCCGCAGUCUCAGGAAGGCUGUCUGCGGUAGUCCUGGCUCAGAGGGGAGAAGUGGAUCAGGUCUCUGAUGUAGGGCUGUUGUAACAAGUUGCCAUAAACGUGGAGCCUUAAAACAACAGACAUUUAUUCUCUCGAUUUUCUGGAGGCCAGAGGUCCGAAAUCAAGUUGUCGGCAGGCUUUGUUUCUUCUGAAGGCUCUGAGGAAGAGUCCAUGCCAUGACCUUCUUCCUUUGGUGACUGCUGACAAGCCUUGGCAUUUCUUGGCUUGUAGUAGCAUAAAUCCAGACUCUGCCUCGUCUUCACGUGAGUCUUCGCAUGCCUUCUCUCCUCUGUGUGUGUGUGUGCUCCUUUUCUGUCUUACAGGACACCAUUGGGCACCAAAUCUGUGUCAUUGGAUUUGGGGCCCAUUUUAACUGAAGAUGGUCUCAUCUCGAGAUCCUUACCUUGAUUACACCUGCAAAGGCCCUUUUUCCAAGUCAGGUCAUGUUGACGGGUGCUUGGGGUUUGGACUUGGACAUACCUUUGGGGGAUGCAGCUCUACCAGCUACAAUCAGUUAGAAGAGUGUGUUUGCCUGCAGAACAUGAACUGAUGGGCUCUUAAGCCUGUAGAGCUGAUGGGGCUGCCCUACACACGUCUACUACAUAUUCCUUCCCCUGCCUCGUCCUGCUCAGACACAGAACCCAAAAGAUGGGGCAUCUGAGAAAAAGAUGUAGAUGCAGGAUAAAUAGUGAGAAGAAAAGAGAUUGAUGUAACAUGCCUCAGAGAGUGGCUGCCCCACCAGCUGAGCUCUGUUUCCUGUUUCAAGAGAAACCUACUGUGCCACUCCCGCUCCUAGAGUGGCCCACACGGAUUAUUGCGUGACCUGCCUGAAACAUAUUUUAAAAGUGGGUCAGAAUUAUGGCACGGCUGGGAUUUGAAUCUGAGUCUGCCACUUUUCCACAGAAAAGCAUGUUGUAUUCCCGGAAUGCGUCAGUGCAUUCCAGGAAGUGACCAGAGUAGGGGAAUAAAUAACUAAGAACUCUGGAGCAAAAUGCAAAAGUUGGCCUGAUGUCACUGCUCCAACCAGAGAAGAACAGAGCAGGGCCAGUCUGGGUCAUGGUUCAGAGUAAAAGGAAGGAUAAUGCCCAGGAUCUGUGCACUGCUAGGUUCCCGAGGCCUGGAAGAGUACCUAGCCCAUCAGAGGUGUUCAGUUAACAAUUGGUUGAGUGAAUAAGUGAUUCUACAGAGAUGGAUGCAGGGGAAGAGAAAGGGCCUGCAGUCCUUUAUUCUCCUGUUCAUUCUUCCUGCAUAUCCCAGAGCGAGCUAAAAACCGUUCUGAUUGCCCCUGGUGCUGGUUUCCUCUUCUGAAAGGGACAAGAGCAGUCCUGAUGCCACCUGCCUCACAGGGUUGUGAAAGGUGGUGA